UCUGGGGUUUUCUUUGCCACCUUUUCCCUCUCUUUUUCCAGGUGGCUUCUCUCCUCUCUGCCUCCCUCUCCCUCCUUUUUUGGACAUCCCCUUUUCCCCAUCCUGGCCCCCAAUGCAUUUCUUUCAUUUUGGGGGGGUGGUAUGGAGGGGUCUUACACUCCCCCAUUCCUCCCUUUCUCCUGCCACCCCAUCUCCUCUUCCUCUUUUUGGUCUUUAUGAAUAUAUUUAUAUGGACAGAAUUAAGAAGAAAAAAAUAAAUUGAUUUCCCCCCUCCUUUCACUUCCCCCCAUCUUGUCUCCCUUAUCCCAUGAGUUAAAACCUGUGCCUACCCCUCCUCUAUCCACCCCAGCCCCCCAGAACACUUGUAUAUUGUUUGUUUGAGGUUCGUGCCGCAGUAACAGACACAGUAUUUAAUUGCACAUACAGAUGUUUGCUGGGUAUGUUCACUGUAAAUUUUAUUUAAUCUGGGUUUUUUUGUUUGUUUUGGGGGGUUGUUUGGGGGGUUUUAUUUUAUUUUAUUUUUUGUUUUGUUUUUAAAUAUAAAAGAAAAUCAUCUGUCACUGGACGUCAGUCCUGGUUUCUCUGUUACUGCCCUUGGGAGGGGGUUGCAGGGAAGGAUUUGGGAUAGAGUGGAGUGGGGCUGCCUUCCAAUUGGUUGUGAUCCUGCCAUCCUCUUCAGUCUCCCCUCAAUCUUCCACCUGUUCCUGUAGGUGGCUGAACCUUCUGCUUCAAGGCCCUGAUGGGUCAGCUUGGAGUUUGGACAUGAAUGCAACUGAGUUACUGGCCCAGCCCCCGUCUUCCACUUUUCCCUUGAAGUCUUUUUUAAUUCUGUGCUGGCAAGUAAUAGGGGAGUAAGUGUUCCCUGAAAUAAAAGCUGCAUUUGUAGAACCUGUGUUAUUUGGUUCCCUCAGUCAGCCAGGAUAGUCUCAUUACCCCCUACAUACAGAAGAGAGAGAGAGAGAGAGAGAGAAAAAAAAUCAUGUCUAACAAAAUAGCCCUAUGCUAUAUGCCCUUUUUGGCCCUUAUGCCCUGCCUUAAAUCUCACUGUCCUCAGGUUGCCCUCAGUUCUAAGAUGUCUAAAAACUCAGAUGUCUAGAAGUAAAUCCACCUUUAAGUCCAGACUGCAUAGAACCUCAUUCCCCAGAAACUUAUGGUCACCCCACUGGACCCCAUGUAGGAGGGAACAGGAAUGGGGUGAGCUCAUGCAUAUGUUGAGUCAGGAAUUUCAUUUGGGGCUGGGUAUCUGUCAUCAUUUUAAGCUUCUCUGUUGGACUUUUCUUCUGACCCUUCCUCCAAUCUAAUCCAGCUGUUAGAGAGUCUUCAGAUCUUGGAAUUGGUGAGGCAAUAUGUUGUCAUUAACAACGCGUUCUCUGCUGUGGUAGGUAGGAGUACCUCCCCACCAAGCUGUGCCCCCCGCUCCCAACUAAUAGAAAAAGGAUGACCAGGUACAGUGGAAAGAACCCUGAGCUUGAAGUCAGAGGGCCUGGGUUGGAACUCUGCUAGUUCAGUUACUUAUCUGGGUGACUUUGGGCAAGUCACAAGGUCUUUGGGUUUCAUCUAUAAAAAGAGGGGGUUGAACUAGAUGACUUUUCAGGUCUCUUCUCAUUGUAGAAAUCUGAUAUCCCAUGAUUCUGUGGAAUUCCCUUCAGGUACACGUUGGCCAUAUUUGUUAAGUCCACCUUGUGGGACAUCCGGCUGUGGGUGGAUCAGAAUGUUGAGAGUCAUCAGAGAGGGGAAUGGGAGGGUCAUCUUCUUGACUUUCAUGAUGAAAGGAGCAGUAAGUAGUAUACUGGUAUACAUUUUCCUAAGUAGCUGAAACCAUAUGUAGACAUCUCCCCCUCUCCCUACCCUCUCUGCCUCUUUGGUUAUUUGGGUUGUUGUUAUUCUUAGUUCCCUUUCCACAUAUAGAUCCAAGACCACUUUCAAUGAGUCAGUCUCAGCCCCCUAACAGCUUAAUUGGGGUGGAAGAUUGAGAGGAAUGUGCAGAGAUGAUUGAAGAAACGGGACCUAUUAGAUUGCGAGACAGGUGAACUGCCCCUUUCCCCUCACCAAGGAGGAGGAAUGGACAUGUCUCAUUGAGAAGUCACACUGAAGUCCUUGAAUUGUCUUUAUUCCCUGUCCCAGUUCUGAGCCUAGAGUUCCAUCUGCCUGAAGUGUUCAUAAAAGGACAAAAAGCCCCUCUUGGAAAAUUCAGAAUGUAGAUGCUCUAUGAAGAUUUGGGGAACAAUGAUGUGAAUAGUUGGAGUUGAACCCAGUAGCCUAUGGCUUCUAAGGCUGAGCCUGGAAUAGAUAGAAAUGAGGUAGUAUCUGUCUUUCGAAGUGGAGGAGGGGCAAGUUGUAGUCUGUCUUUUUAAUCCUCUAAAAAUCUCCUGGAAAGGGACUGGAAAUAGAGGCUGAGUUACCUCCUGUAAGCUUAGUUACCACUAUACUGAACAUAGGUGAAGAGGUGGGGAUAGGCCGCUGUUGUGACUGAAGAGAUUUGGGGGGGGAGGGCAGGGUCCAACACUGCCCCAGGCCUUUUAGUUUCCAAUUUCUCUGUGUCAGCUGUGUUGCUCAGCUGUCCACUCUCCUCUAGCCCUGUCACUUAAACUGUGACGCUAAAGGGAGAGGCCAGGUCUGCAAACACCAGCUGGGGAGACGUGAGCAUCAAGGGUAUUUUGGGGGUAUAAAGCCCCCCAGGCAAGAGGACAGAGCCUUCCUUUUCCAUCCCUAUCCAACACCAACACAAGCUUCCUAACCUGGCAUCCUCUUUCCUCCACUGGCUGUGGACUGACGUAGGGAGUCCCAAACGUAAGUUGCCUUUUCCUACUAGUUACCAGACCAUGGCUGCUUGGGUUCCCCCACCCCUCAGCCAAUUUACCUCUCCCAUUUUCCUUACCUGGCUAUUAAGAAGUUUGGGGUGUACUGAUUACAGCUAUUUCUUUCCCUGAAGAAGGAGUUGGAUCAGGAAAGAGGUUGGGGAAUUAAUGUCCAAGGAAUAGAGUAGUAGAGGAGGGAGGUCAUAUUACAUUGAAAACUUAAAAAUAGCUAACCCCCAAAGCAGGCUGGGACAGGGCCUGACAUGGAGGUAGUGUUAAAACCCUCUCCCAUCCCCAGAGAAGAACAAUAGCCCAGAGUUGAGGGGACCUGGAAUCCUCUACCUCUCUACUCUAAAGUGAGAAUUUGGGGGAGGAGGGAAAGGAAUUCAGGAAAAGUUACAUGGGAUCGUGCCUAUAGCCUUGAAGAAAAGAAAAAGCCUCUAAGGAGUCUUCACCCCUCCCUAAAAUGAGAAGUUUCUGUCUUAAUGGAACUUCUAUAUGGGAAUGGAGAUAGCCUGCCUCUGUAAUCUUCCAGUCUGAGCCCUUUAUGGAAUCUCCUUGUUUAGGCUCCUUUGUUUAGUUUCUCAUUCUGGAAGAGGGGAAUGGAGACCCUCUUUGUGUGUCUCUCACCUUAAGAGACCUGCAGUUCUCUUCCCAAAGCUCUAUUUGUCCUAUUCCAGAGGUGAGUCCCUAGGAAUAAGAAAGGGGGGGGGGAGGGGAGGUAAGGAAGGAUGAAGAAUCUACAUUGGGAUCCUCACUCUUGUAGGAUGACAGAAAAGGAAGUCUUGGAUUCCCCUAAAUCCUUCGCAGCGGAAACACCAAAGAGUGGGCUACAGAGGCUGAAGCAAUUAUUCAGGAAGGAGACAGUAGAAAAAAAGGAGAUGGAGCUCCCCCCUGAGCCCCAGGCCAAUGGGGAGGCUGUAGGGGCUCAAGGGGGACCCAUCUACUACAUCUAUGAGGAGGAAGAAGAGGAAGAGGAGGAAGAGGAGAAGGAGCCGCCCCCUGAACCCCCUAAGCCUGUCAAUGACAAGCCCCACAAGUUCAAAGAUCAUUUCUUUAAGAAGCCCAAAUUCUGUGAUGUCUGUGCCAGAAUGAUUGUUCUUAACAACAAAUUUGGGCUACGGUGCAAGAACUGCAAAACCAAUAUCCAUGAGCACUGCCAGUCCUUUGUGGAGAUGCAGAGAUGCUUUGGCAAGAUUCCUCCUGGUUUCCGCCGUGCCUAUAGUUCUCCACUCUAUAGCGACCAGCAAUAUGCCUGUGUCAAGGACCUACUCUCCAACCGAAACGACCCCGUUUUUGAGACACUUCGAACUGGAGUGAUCAUGGCAAACAAAGAGCGGAAAAAGGGACAAGCAGACAAGAAGAAUCCCCUAGCAGCUAUGAUGGAGGAGGAGCCAGAAGCCCCCAAAACUGAGGAAGGAAAACCCCAAGCUGGAAAUCCAGAGGGAGACAAGAAGACCGACAAGAAGACUGCUGAAGACAAAAACAAGCAGCCUGGAUUCCAGCAGUCUCAUUACUUUGUGGCUCUCUAUCGGUUCAAGGCUUUGGAAAAGGAUGAUCUGGACUUCCCACCUGGAGAGAAAAUCACUGUCAUUGAUGACUCUAAUGAGGAGUGGUGGCGGGGCAAAAUUGGGGAGAAGAUCGGAUUUUUUCCCCAAAACUUCAUCAUCCGAGUCAGGGCUGGUGAACGGGUACACCGGGUGACUAGAUCGUUUGUGGGAAAUCGUGAAAUUGGGCAGAUAACACUCAAGAAGGACCAGAUUGUGGUGCAGAAAGGGGACGAAGCUGGUGGCUAUGUCAAAGUCUACACUGGUCGAAAGGUGGGACUAUUUCCCACUGACUUUCUGGAGGAAAUUUAGGGGUUCAGGUGCCCUCAAUUAAUCCAGGAUCAUAUUAUUCAGUGCCUACUAUGUGCCAGGCACUAUGUGAUUUACAAAGAUAAAAACAAAAGGCCCUGCCCUCAAGAAGCUUUCCUUCUAUCUAGGAGGAAACACUCUCAAACACCACUUGGGGCAGAAUUGUAGGAAGGGGUAGCAGUUCAGCUCAGUUCAGGGGCAGCUCAGUUCCAGCUGGGGCUAUCUUCUAAGAGGGCUGGUUCCCCCUUAAACUCACCUCCCUAGUGUGAGACUUACUGAACUGGGCAUGCAGGGACGGACACCCUUUCCCCAACAAGAACUCUCCCUCUGAAGCUUCUUCCCUGAACUUGCACACUGGAGAUUGAUGCUGGGGAGAAGUAGGAAAGACCUCUUUUAGGUCUAGGUAGAUGGGGAGGAGGGAAUCACAGGAGACUUAAGUUGCAAGUAAAGCCCUUUAGUUCAUUAAAGUUUUGUGGGGAAAGGGUUGGAAAAUUUUCUUUCUUUAAAUUUAGGGUCUUUUUUUUCUUUUUAAAAUCUUUGUUACAAGGCAAGAAUUGCCUGAAAGGAGGACAGUAUUCUAUUCAGAAAUGAGAUUGUUGUAAAAACAAUAUAUCAAUUAAAAAUAAUUACCAGAAAGUUGAACUGGGCAGCUUAAAAAAAUAAAUUUGAAAGUGGAAAAAAAACUACUGAAUAGCUUCUAUGCCCUAGCUCUUUCGUAGGUGACAUAAUAGGGAACAAAGAGAAAUAUAAGGCAGAAUCUCUGCCCUCCCGGGCACUCCAGUCCAGCAGGAGAUUAAAAAAGUCAAAUAAUGCCUGAGAAUUGGUUACAUGAGGAGUAAGAUAACAGCUGGCGUUUCGUUUCUGUUUGUUGAGUGAAUACAUUAGGCUUAAAAAAAAAAAAUUGGGGGAAGGAUUACAAUGGAAUGGGGGCGUUGUAGCUAAGUGACCCCCUCCCCCAGGACCAGGGCGGCCAGCGGGGUCUGGAAACAGCGUCAGUGUUUCUCCAGCGAAGGGGGAAAGAGCCCCAGGCCGUACGAUUUAGGAGUUUCACAGACAGACACACCAGUCGUGCUGGGGUCCGCCCCGCCCCGCCCCGCAUCCCACCCGAGGAUUGGGCCCAGGAGAGGCCGCCAGGGGGAGGUAGAAGAUCUCCGUUAGAGAUGGAGUGUGAGUGAGUGAGUGUGUGUGUGUGUGUGUGUGUGUUGGGGGCGUGCUGUUUCCAUAGCAACUUGCGUCCUGAGGGAAACGGAGCUUGGCCGGGGGCAGAUGAAGGGCGGAGGUCUCUCCUGUCCCCACCCCAAAAGCUUCCCGGACCCAGAGUGUAUGUGAGAGAGAGCGAGCGCGCGCGCGCAAACAAGACUCCCCGUCCAGGUCCUCCCGUGGCUUGCCGUAUGCAAAUGUUAUGAUUUGCAUAUGCAAAUAUGCCAAUAUGCCAGACCGGGUCACAGGCGGCAGGUGGCAGGGACUAGGAAGGUAAGGGGAGGGAAAGAAUAAAAGGGUAGGAAUUUUAAUUUGGGUCUAGGAAUGGCUGGAGAGAGAAUACGGAGGUAGGCUUCAGAGUAUUGGGGGGGGAGGGUGUCCGUUUUAAGAAAAAAGGUGUGUGUCUGCCCUGAGACUCCUUUUCCAUCCAGCCUCUGUUAGGCCUGAGGUUGGCACCGCUUGGCAAGGUUGGCAGCGGGAGCCUAGGCACCAUCUGCUGCUGGUGGCAAGGA